AUGACAUCCACCAAUAGCCACAGCCACAGCAUAUCCAAGCUAUUCAAUACCUCAGAUGAAAACUUAAGCCUUGAAUUACUUUCCACCUGCAAAAUACACAAUCUACCGCCAGAAGAACUUUACUUUAAGUGGGAAUCAUUUAUAUUAAAUAACAGCAUCGACAAGAAUCUUAAUGUUUCAAAUUUACGCAAUUUUAAGCUUCAAUUGAGAUCUGAGGCUGCACAGAGUACUCCGGUGAAGAAUCAUUCACUCAAUUUGAAAAAGAGGGUCAAUCAGCAAUCAACGCCGCUGAAAUCCACUCAGUCCAAUCAAUCCCCACUCACCCCUUCUAAUCACUCCAACGAUAGCACUCCAAAGCCCACACAUAACCACUUUGCACUACGCAAGAACCCAGACCUUAUCGUCAAUACCUUCAAUGGUCACCUCAAUCUCGCUCCAAAGUACUCCGGCUUAGAACCACGCGUCAACCUCAUGUCUGCUGUCUCCUUAAACAAAUUCAAGUAUAGAUACAUGUUCGAGAAGCUCUCUGAGCGCUCAGCCGUACUUGAUGAGCGUAUCGAUUAUUUCGCGAACAGAGUGAAAGACCUCUUCAAAGGUGAACCUAAUUUCGAAAUUGGUGACCCAAGUAUAGUUAAUAUGUCACAAAGAAUCUGUAUCGGAAGAAUUUGCAAAGAAAGUGACAUAACAAAGCUCAGCGACGAUAGUGUCAUUCUCGAAACUUCAAAGACCUUAGGCAGCGGCGCUAGAAUACCUUUACGCUUCUCAAACGAGUGCAAAGUAAGAGGUGUACCUAAAGGCAGUAAGGGCAUUCGCUUGUUCCCUGGUCGCAUAAUCGGUGUUUUGGGCUCUAAUAGAGGCGCAGGAUACUUUGGUGUCGAAGAAAUAUUCACCAUGCCGCCAUUGAGUGCUGUAAAGACUCAUUCAACUGAGCUAUUAGAAAUGCAGCACUCCACGGACUCUUUGGGCUCUUCUCCAAUGUCAGUAAUGGUUGCUACAGGUCCUUUCACAAUAGACAACAACCUCAAUUACGAGCCAUUUGACGCUCUGAUGAGUCAAGUUGAAAAGAGACAACCGGAUGUUCUCGUUUUGCUUGGUCCGUUCAUUGAUUCGAACCACCCAAUGAUUCAGGCAGGCCAGAUCGACUUACUUCCGGAGGAUUUGUUUAGAAUGCGUAUUGGAAACAGACUCACUAGAGCGUUAGAAGUGGCUGCAGGUUGUACGGCAGUGUUGAUACCGAGUGUGAGAGAUCUUAUCACUCCAUAUGUCGUAUAUCCGCAAAACUCAUUACCUCGCAAUAACCUCGGUCUACCACCAAAACAGAGAUGUAAAUGCGUCACAAAUCCGGCUUCGUUCCAUGUCAACGAGGUCUUGUUUGGUAUAUCAAACGUCGAUAACUUGAUGCAUCUACGCAAUCAGGAGUUUUUCAAAACUCUCAAAGAAGCUGAUCAAGAAGACGACGCUGUUCAAGACAGUAAUCCAAGGGACAACAUGAUGAGUUUGUGUCGCGAUAUAAUUGACCAGCAAAGUUAUUAUCCUAUGUUCCCGCCACCAAAAGAGAUGUCGCACGAGCUUAAUUUGGAUGUAUCGCACCUUGAACUUGCAUCAUUUCCCAAUGGAAAGACUGGCGAAGAAGAUGAGGAGAAGUAUGCUUAA